AUGGGUCCGGAAAGCAAUGGCAAGAAGAGACUAGGAGGCGGUGGGUGUGGGUUGGCCAACUUAGGUACCGAGAGAGAAGAUGAAUGUGGUAUACGCUUAGAGCCUUGCACCAAAAUGGUCUUGCCGGAUUGUUUCCAUGCAAUGCGCAUGAAAUGGGCUAAUAACUGUAUUCUGUACAAUCGUGGAAUUUAUCCAGAAGAAAGUUUUGCAAAGGUCAAGAAAAAUGGGCUUCCCAUGCUUCUCACUCAAGAUGAAGGUGUUAAAUCCUUCAUUUCAAAAUUAACUGCACAGCUAUCUGAAUGGCUUGAAACUGGGAAACUGCAGAGGGUAGUAUUGGUGAUCAUGAGCAAGGCCACUGGCGAAGUUUUAGAGAGGUGGAAUUUCAGUAUUGAAACUGAUAGGGAGGUCGUUGAUAAGGGAGUUUCAAGGGAGAAGAGUGAUAAAGACAUAAUGAGGGAAAUUCAAGCAAUUAUGAGACAGAUAGCUUCCAGCAUCACAUACUUGCCAUGCCUUGAUGAACCCUGUGUGUUUGAUGUUUUAGUGUACACUGACAAAGAUGUUGCAGCCCCAUUUACUUGGAUUGAGAGUGACCCCAAACUGAUUUCAAACCCACAGAUGGUUAAAUUGCAUUCUUUUGAUACCAAGAUACACAAGGUUGACACUCUGGUAUCAUACAGGAAUGAUGAGUGGGACGAAUGA